AGUCGCGAUGCCGGGCUGUUCUCAGUGCGCCGCGCAUCCUCGGACGUGCAUCGUGUCGGUCUAGUUGUGCUCGUGUGUAAGCGAUCGAGACAUGUGAUUCACCCCGCGGCUACAAAGAGAGAGAGAGAGAGAGAGAGAGAGAGAGAGAGAGACAAGGAGAAAAAAAAUGACGAAAGAAGAUCCUACGAUCGUCAACGGCCUAAAGUGAACCAAGGAGAGUGCGAGGCUUUCUUUCAUACGAGACUGAACUCGAUGUGACGUCGUGUCCUUUCUCACGUACUUCGUUGGAAGAUAUUUUUUUCCAAGUGUGUACUUGGCAUCUUGGUAGAUAAUCGAAUCUUACGAACAGAUAUAUUUCACGACACUCAUGUCAGAGAAACAUUCCGAAAAUCAUACGUGGCAUAAUACUGCGUUUUCCGCGAAGAACUUUGGAAGAAAUAAUUGCAAGUAAAAAUAUCUGCAAAUGUUUGUUUUAUAAAUGUAAAAGAAAACAAUAAUAAAAAUAUUGCUUCGUAUAAAAUGAACAAUAUAAGUUAUGCAGCAUAUAUAUAGUUCUCAGUACUUUGUGAUCAAUAAGUAAAAAAUGUUUUAGCGAGAUAAUCCGCGAAGAAGAAGAAAAUUACUUUGAGAAAAUCGGAUAAGAGAGAUUAACGGAAGAUAUAAAUCAAUAUAUAUAUAUAUAUAUAUAUAUAUAUAUAUAUAUAUAUAUAUAUAAGAAAAAACUUCCGGAUAAUAAUUGGUGAUCUUAAAUAGAAGAAACAGUGGUAUUGGUGGUAAUUUAAAAGAAUGGCGGAAGAUUCGCUUCGCCGGAAGACUAGAUCGGCUUCGAUUUGUGCCCCGGGAUUUUCGAGUAUGGAACAAAUGUUGACUAUGCCACCCUCGGGAGUCCGUGAAAGGGAGAGAGGGGAAAGAGAUAGCGGCAGUGGAACACCGGAUAGUAGUACACCCACGAGGAGACGAAGGCCAGCUACAAGAUCUCAGAGCGCUCGUGUUUCCGGCGGAAAUAAAAGCAUCCGUCGCCGUGCUGCUGCUCAAGCCGCCGCCCAUCAUCAUCAUCAUCAUCAUCAUGAAGGGGGUAUGAAGUCGGCCCACUGCAGCAGCGAACCCAGACUCACCGAGAAUGACGUCAGUCCGGGGAUUAGAAGACGAGGGAGCCGGAGGGGACAAAGUAUGCAUCACACACAUCAGAGGAAGAGCAACGCCUUCCUGGACGUACCCGACGUCUCGUCUCAGAUGCCACCGCGAGAGGAAGGCGAAGAUGAGGAUAGUUACAGGCUCCGCAGCUUUAGUCUCACCAGUAAAGGCGUUGUCAACAGAGGAGAUUCUUUCCGAAGAAGAAGAUCGAGAUCGAAUUCUCUGGCGCCUGCCGAGCAAGAGACUGAAGUACGGCGGUUACCACCCAAGGAAGUCACUUCACACAACGUCGCUAUGUUGGGUACAAGAGGAGUUGGAAAAACCGCUCUUAUUAGUCAAUUUAUGACUAGUGAAUGCAUAAAUGCCUAUGACAGGCAGAAAGAUGUGCCAAGUGAACAAUCUGUUUUUGUGAUGUUGAAUGGAGAAGAAAGCGAGCUUAAAUUUUUAAACAUUGCUAAUAUAAAGACCGAAUUAGAAAAAAUGCCAUUGCCGGACGCCUUUGUUAUAAUGUAUUCGGUGAUCGACAAGGCGUCCUUUCAAAGAGCCGAGGAAUAUCUCGCUCGACUUCACGAUCAAGAUCUUCUUCGUGGUAGACCGGCUAUUCUGGUCGGAAACAAGGUCGAUUUGGUUCGUUCUAGAGUGGUUUCGCCCCAGGACGGAAAAUGUUUGGCGUGCACCUAUCGCGCGAAAUUCAUCGAAGUAUCGGUAGGCAUCAAUCAUAAUGUCGACGAGCUCUUGGUCGGCAUACUCAAUCAGAUUCGUUUGAAAGUGGUCCAAGGAAACCAGGAACACCGAAACAGUGGUGGUGGCAGCGAAGGCAGCGGCCACUGGUACAAAUCCAGAGGUGUCGUGCGCGCCAGCAUGAAAGCCAGACAAAUGUUGACCUGGCUCUUCGGCAAGGAAGAUAGUAAGUUUAAGAAUUGCGAGAAUCUUCACGUACUUUAAAUUACAGCGAUAAGAAAUUGCAGAUCAAAUUGCUCGAUUUCUGUUUUAUUAGUACGUAAGUAUGACGCGCAUGACUUCUUGAACUUUUUUCUCGAAGGAAAUUCUAUUAAAAUUCAUAAAACGCGUCAGGAAAGAUAAUAUAAGAAUCGUGAGAACGUAGUCUGAAUGUAUAGAACAAAUGUGUCUCUCUGACUCAACAAAAUGUAAUUUAAGGCUCUGAAUCAAACGUGAAAUCUUCACAUUAUACAAGAAUAUUUUGUUAUUCUGUAAGAAGAACAAAUGGUCCGAGGACCAAAAUGGAUAUAAUUAUCGGAUGAACAAAGUUUAUAAAAUAUAAAAAAGUUUUAUCACACAUUUUUCGCUCCUGCGUGUUAGUAUUCUAACGAAAAAUAAUCUAUAAUGAGCAAAAGGAGUAUUUAUUAUCGCAUCACUGAAACUAGUAAUUCUUAAUAAUGCGAUCAGAAGUUCAAAUCAAUCAUGACGAUAAGAAAGAAUUAAACUGGACCAUGCAGUGAACUAGAGUCACCAUUACGUUUACAAUCUUAUUAUAAUUAUAAAUAAGACCAAUCACAUAAUCUUUAUAUUUAUUACGUACGUGUAGAUAUACCCCGAAAACAAGCAUAUUCUAUAUAAAUAUACACACAUGUAUCCUUAAUCUCCCAGUUGACAAUUGUCGAUUUUAUCACAUGUCGACAUUAUGUUGUUGCAAAUAAAAUAGCGCUGUUAUUCUUGCAUUGUUAAAUUGACUUGUAUCGCGAGUGUCAUUAAUUUCUCGUGUUCCAAUGGACUUCCCGUGCAAUGACUUUCGUUAUUGCGUUGCGGCCAACUUUAUGCUCUAUAUGCUAAUAAAUUUUUAUACAGAAAAGUUACUUUUUUUUCUCAUUUAACAUUUUUAUAUAUAUUUACUAUAGUUAGGAAAGACAUACAGUGUAUAAAAAUUAACUAUUCUAUGUUAAACUAAAAUAUAUUUGUUAUGUUAUUGAUAAAAUGAAUCUAUACUAUAUUGUAUAAGAUUCUUAUAUCACUUGUAUUACAAAAUAGACGUCAAUUGCGUAUUUUGAUAUCAAAAAUGUGUUAAGAAUUACAUUAUAAAUGCAUAUUAAAUAAUUUUUAAUUAGUAGGUUGUGUGCAAGGUCUGAUUCUAUCAAUUCCUUAGUCAAUUUUUUUUUUUUUAAUUAAAUUACCUUAUUUAUAUAUGAAUUAUUUUGUACUCAGUAUUGAUAUAGCAAAUAAUAUGUAAUUCAAUAAUGUAGCAUUUUGUGUGCAACAUUAUGUCGCAGCGGAGAUAAGAUUUAUCGUGUUUUGUGUCUUACUCGCGCACUUCGCGAGAAAGAAAAGGAGAGUACUGUGUAGUAACAUAUGUAAACUGUAGAUUUCUGAAAAGAAAUAUCCUUUUUGAAUCUUUAAAGAGAGAGAGGGUGAAGAAUGUCUAUAAAAGCUGUCUAUUUUCUGCGAUCUCCAUGCCUGUAUAUCCGAAUUAUAUGAAUGUAGCAUAAAAACAGAAUGGCGCUUAUAUGACGGGAACAAUGCAUCAACGAUGUGAAACUUUGCUCUUCUUAUGUGUGAAUAUUUCCCUUGACUAUACGUAUACGAGAAAUUAACGUUUCGGAUUACAAUAGCAAAUUGUAAUAGAUUUCCUUUCCCUUGUUAUACAAACAUUUUGAAGUGUUUUAAUUCUUGGUGAGCCCAAUAAAAAUUAAAAAGUUUUCUCCGACA